AUGCAUGAGGGGAGUGUAUUCGCCAAUGAGGGCAUGCAGGGCGGUGAUAGUGACGGGCAAGACGGCGGGAUAUGCGGGUGGCAUGAUCGAUGCAUGGCGGGGAAGAAUACGAACUUUUGGCCUGCAGGCCAGGGGUACGGAGAUGGUCCGGCGGUGGCCGUUUUUCUACUAUGUAAUGGGAUUCCAUGGGAUGAAGUUGACGAUGUCUGGAUUACUAUCAAUUUGAGCUAUUUGAGCAAAGACGACAAGCAUAUCAAACGACAGGCGGCCCUACGAGCGAACGAACGGGGCUGCCAGGGGAUUCCAAGAAGAGCAGAGAAGCAUGGUAUCAUCAUCGACAGAGCGUGA